AUGACGCCUUUCAACGCCGCUUCUGACGCCUUUCAACUCCAUCCCGACGUUCGCUCGUAUAGAACGACCCUCGACGUGACCGUCGACCAAAAGUACGGCUUCCACGCGUUUUUGCUCGCGACGAUCGCGUCGUUGCUGCUCGGUCACGUCGCGACGCACGCGCACAGAGUGGACGUCCGCGCGUCGUCGUCGUCGGCGGCGGCUGCUGCGACGGCGUCCGACGCCCGUCCGACACGUAAUGUCCGACACGUCCGACGCCGCGUCGUCGGCGUCGCGAUCGGCGCGUCGUUCCUCCUCCUCGUCGUCGGCGCGCGCGCGCGAUCGAUAGCGUUCGAGUUCGAGGGCCUCGCCGGGUUCGCCCUGCGCGUCGCCGCGGCGAACGGCGCCGACGCCGCGGCGGUGAGACUGCUUCCCAUACGACCCCGUUCGCGUGGUGCACGCCGUUCCUUAAGGGCUUUUCCCGUCGUCACUCUUCACCCGCGCUUCCCUUUCAACGCGGCGGCGAACGCGGACGACGUCGCCAACCCGCGCGCGUUUUCGUUGACGUCGCUGACGACGACGCGGGGCUGGCCUCGAAGACGCUCUUCCGCCGCUUCCGUCGCGCUCUUCGCGUUCGCGCUGCUCGCGCCCGCGCUCUCGCUGCUCUUCUUCGCCGCGCUUCUCGCGCUCUCCCUCCCGCCGCGGCCGGCGGCGGCGGCGGCGGCGUCGGACGACGACGACGACGGCUCGGACGCUCGCGCCGCGGACGGGAAUCGCGGCGGCCGGGAAUCGCGCCGCCGGUCGGCGGAAUCUCCGCCGCGGCGAAAGAUUGUCAAUCUCCGCGAGGCGCUCGUCGUCGCCGCGGAGAUUUCGCGCGCGUGGAGCGCGCUGGACGUCUUCGUCGUCUCCGCGCUCGCGGCGGCGACGCAGAUCCGACGAUUCGCCGCGUUUAUCCUCGGAGACGCGUGCGACGGCGUCGACGACGUCUUACGUCGGAUGCGAUCCGCGGAGGAGAACGGCGGCGGCGGCGCGGAUAUCCUUCCCGGGAUGCGCGGCGUCGACUCGUGUUUCGACGUGGAGACGUCGUUGGGUUGGGGAUGGUACGUCUUGGCCGCGGCAGCGACGCUCGGGUACGUCUCAGCCGCGGCGAUCGGACGCGCGCGGUUCGAACGCGGCGGCGGCGACGAAGGCGGCGACGAAGGCGGCGGCGGCGACGAAGGCGACGAAUACGCGUCCUGGCUGGACGCGGAGGAACGAGGAAACGGCGGCGGCGGCGGCGGCGGCGCGACGGACGCGUAG